AUGGCUGCCUUUUCUUCGUUUCAAUUCGACUCAUCAGUUUAUCUGCCAAACUCUCCCAUCAAUAAAAUGUGUGGCUCUCUCGAGGAAAUUACGAACACGCGUUCUUUUCUAUUUUAUGAGCAGGAAACUCUUCAAAAUCUCGAUCAGGGCUGCACAAAAAUUUCGACUCCAAUUAGCAAUAACGAGCCUUCUUUGAGCCAUGUCACAAACAAGAACAUUAGCAUGGAUAAUUCUUCAUCAAUAACAGAACCAAAUCCAAUUCCCUUUAUUGACAACAAGAAGAGGAAAUUGAAAGUGGUUUCUCCUUCAAAUUCUGCUCAAUCCAAGGAUACGAGAGAAGCCAAAAUAAAGAAGCCAAAAAAAUGCAAAGAGGUCGAAGAGAAAAAGAAGACAAAGAAAGACGAGAAAAAAGCAGAAGAAGAAGCUCCGACAGGCUACAUUCAUGUAAGAGCAAGAAGGGGCCAAGCAACAGAUAGCCACAGCCUUGCAGAAAGGGUGAGAAGGGAAAGAAUAAGUGAAAGAAUGAAGCUUCUCCAAACUCUUGUUCCUGGUUGUGACAAGGUAACUGGGAAGGCCCCUAUGUUGGAUGAAAUAAUCAACUAUGUCCAGUCCCUUCAAAAUCAAGUCGAGUUUCUCUCGAUGAAGCUCGCUUCGGCUAAUCCCAUGCUCCACGACUUCGGAAUGGACUUGGAAUCAUUCAUGGUUAGACCUGAUCAGAAUUUACGAGGCGCCAAAUGCCAAAUAUCUUUUCGGACGGAAAUGGACAGUUCUUGUGGGAAGUGGAUGAACAAAGACAAAAAACUAUUAAUCAGCCAGGAAUCAGCUUCAAUUUGUGUUCAUAAAUGUAUCUGGAAUUUGCAGGAGCAAAAAAGGGAACAAAUUAAGGAAACAAAUUAA